AUUCUAUUUAUAACGCUCGGCCAUCUUUGCUUGAUGACGUAAAUAACAAAGUUCGUGACGACGCAAGUAGCGACAGCACACAUUCAUCUCCUCCCAUACAAAUGUCGGCGCUUAUGUUACCGACGGGAGAUUAAAACUUACUUUCAAGCCCUUCAACGUACAGAACACUUUCUAUUUAACCUCGCCAAGAGUCUGGUUUUGUAUUCUGCAUCAGCUUGAUCCGAAAAAAAAAACAACAAACAAGCAAACCCUGAGCUUGGGACGAGAUUUCAAUAGUAACAUCAUCACCGCUUGGUUGUCAUGUCCCAAAAACCCACGUGCACGAACAAAGACUGUGGUCUGCCAGAUGAGCGGACGUUCAACCUGAAGGUGGAGGAAUAUGUCCGGCCGCCCUGUGUUUCAGUGCUGCCGCCAUGUGGGAUCAAAGUUCGCAGCCCAGAACCGGAACCCGACAUGCCGCUGUCGCCGUGCCCGGCCCCCAAUCUACCCCCGUGUCGUUGGAAACGUAUACCAGACGAUGAUUGCAUUGUAGUCGACUCCAAGCCCAGAGCGUAAGUGAAGCGUUAAUGUUUUGUUAUUUACUCCAUUUUUGUUUAAAAUGCAGUCGGUCUACGGUGAGUACAAACUACAAUGUUAUUUACCCUUUUUGUUAAAAUGCAGUUGGUCUACGGUGAGUACAAAGUACAAUGUUAUUUACUCGCUUUUGUUAAAAUGCAGUCGGUCUACGGUGAGUACAAAGUACAGUGUUGGAUUCUGAGAGACGUCGAGACCGCAGAUGGUCGUACUUUACAGAACGUUUGAUCCAAUUUGUCAGAUGCAAACGUUCAAUGCGAUGCAGUAUGCCCACGUUAUACCCUGGUCAUGCCUGGCACUUCAAUUUGUUUUACAGAUGCCAGGCACACUGAGAAUAAAAUUAGAAACAUUUUCAGUCUUAGUUUAAAAUACCAUAUGUAGAUACAUAUAUAUUCUCAGACGAUGGUAUUUUGAAAAGGUCACGGUAAGGGGUUCGAUGUAGCAACCUCUUCCAAUAACCCUCUUUUGGGGGGGGGGGGCGCUGCGAUAGCCAUGGGCGACACCCAUUUCCACAGUAGCCCCAACCAGAGUAUUAAAUUUUAUGAUCUACGUAGCUUGUUACAUAUAUAUUCUCAGACGAUGGUAUUUUGAAAAGGUCACGGUAAGGGGUUCGAUGUAGCAACCUCUUCCAAUAACCCUCUUUUGGGGGGGGGGGGCGCUGAGAUAGCCAUGGGCGACAACCAUUUCCACAGUAGCCCCAAUCAGAGUAUUAAAUUUUAUGAUCUACGUAGCUUGGUGAAGCCCCCUGCCCCCCCCCCAAGCCCAAACCCACCACCCCCUUUUUUCCAAAAAAAAUAGGUCUUAAUCUUGAAUAAGUUUCUCCGGGUCAAAAUGUCUUGAUGCAAAUCUUCCACGCCUGCAGGAACUAUGGUCUUUCGAUCCAACAUUUGGUAACUCUAUAGUUUGACGUUUUGCUUUUAGAUUAGACCUUUGCCUUUUCCCCCCUCUCACAUCUUACUUGAAAUUGCGUGAUGUUCGCCAACCUGUCUUCCCCUAAUAUGUAACUGUAACUCCCCUAAUAUGUAACUGUAACUCCCCUAAUAUGUAACUGUAAUGUUCGUGGUUGACUCUCUCUCUAUCACAGGGACUACUACAACAGACUUAAAAAGUCAACGUCAGAUAACAUGAGGAAAAAACCGACAGCUUUUGAUAAAGGAGCGCCCAAAAAAGACAAGCAAGGUUAGUGAACAGCCGGUAAUGAAACUAGUGACCAGGGUCAGAUCUGUUCAAACCGAACCAGUCCAUGAUCAGGGGCGUAGGUGACCUUGAAAGUGGGGGGGGGGCUCCAACCUGAGCCAUCCCUGGAGCUAUAAACUGCUGAGCUUUACCGCAGAAAAAACUUUUUCGAUGCCAGCAGGGGACCCUGGGAUCCCACCUCAGCGGCCAGCUACGCCCCUGUCUAUGAUCCAUGCUGAAGUUGUUUUUCUUUUUUUCAACCGAAUAUAAGUCAGUGUUGUAAUGGUCAAUAAUGGCCUUCGUUUUGGAACAGGAAACUUUAUAGUUGAAAAAUACAAGCUAAGAGAGCUUAGAAAAUAAUAAAGGCAUGGGCAGCAUUAGAUUGGUUUACAUUAGUUUGGCUUAAAUUAGUUUGGCUUAAAUUAGUUUGGCUUACAUUAGUUUGGCUUAAAUUAGUUUGGUAUUACAUUAGUUUGGCUUUACAUUAGUUUGGCUUAAAUUAGUUUGGUAUUACAUUAGUUUGGCUUAAAUUAGUUUGGUUUACAUUAGUUUGGCUUUACAUUGUUCGGUUUAAAUUAGUUUGGUUCACAUUCGUUAGAUUUAAAUUAGUUUGGUCUACAUUAGGUUGACUUAACUUUACUUCAGCCUGUUCUCGUUCAGUCAUUUUAUUUUCAAUUUAAAAGCUAUCAACUCACUCCGGUCUCUUUAAGUUGAGAAUCACUAUAGGCGUGCUGGCAUUGUGAGAAUGCAUUCAUCUCAGCUUACACCAGAUCAUCCUAACUCAACUCAGGUUAUCGUAUCUCACCUCAUAUCAUCAUAUCUUAUCUCAGAUCAACGUAUCUCAUCCUUUAGCACCUUAGAUAAUUCUAUAUCACCUUAGAUAAUCCUAUCUCACCUCAUAUCAUCCUACCUCAUCUUGGAUCAGCCUAUCUCCCGUCAGACCAUCAUAUCUCACUUCAGAUCUCAACUCAGAUCAUCCUGCCUCAGAUCAGAUUUCACCUGACCACCCUGGCGUGGUGUUUGGUGCUUGCCAUUUCUUCCAAGCACCCGCUAGGUUGUAGCUUCAUUUGAUUUUUUUUUAUUGGAAUCCACUUUAUGGUAUUCAACUUGUUUUUUUCUUCCCCCUUCUUUCUGUAGGCAAAUAAGCAAGCUAUUUUAACCUGACCGAUCAACAUGUGAGAAUAGGCUGACCAAUCAACACGCGAGAAUGGGCUGACCAAUCAACACGGAAUUAUAGGCUGACGACUGAAAAAGUGUAACUUCAAGACGAUUUACGUGAAAUCUUUCCCCACAUUAUCUUAGCUGGGCCGGUCCAGGUGUUACGCAUACCUGAGUGAGACUUAAAUCAUGUUCUCUACCCUCUCCCCCCGUCUAUAAAAAAAAACACGUAUUUUUUUAAAAUUUCCGGAUCUUCGCUUAAACCAUCUGUAAGGUUUCUCAAAGCUUUAUAGUACAUUCAAAUGUGAUCCCUGAAUGGCGUUAACUUGGAGCAAGCAGUUUAAUGUGUUGGACAAUUAUUUUUUAUAUCGAAUUUUUUUGAAGUCUCGUAUCCGGAAACCCCUGGGGUCGUCUGGUGCAUGGACCGGCCUUGCUAGUUCUGAGCAUCUUUUAAAUUCGUUUUUUUGACAUGUAUUUCCUGACUGGAAGCACCAAUAAACAGAACUACCGAAACAAUCGGA